GCAGGAAUUUCUAGAUUCGAUUUGGGCAAUUUCUUUAAUCAACUGCAUAGCGAUAGUCUUGAUAAUAAUGUAUUGCUUUCUGAUGAUGAAUUUGAUAUAUGCAGAGAACUUGUUAUAGUUUUAAAGCCUUUUGAUGAAUUAAGUGAAAUAUUAAAGACUUCAAAAUAUCCAGCGUCGAGUGUCAUAGUACCAGCAAUUAAAACCCUUAAACAACAUCUUAAAAAUUAUCAACCUAAAAAUGAAGUAAUUCAACAUGUAAAAGAUGCUAUACUGAAUAAUCUUAAAAAAAGCUGGGAUGUACCUGAAACUCUUGGACUCUAUGGUUCUUUUUUUGAACCUUAUUUUAAAAAAUUGCUCUAUAUUAACAGUGAAUUGCAAUAUCAGAUUAUAAAUAAUCUUCGGGAGCAAUAUUCGAAGCUUGCAGAACCAGAAACUUUCAACUCUAUAAUAAUAAGUCAAGAUUCAAAAAUGGAAUCAUUUUUCCAACCAUUUCAAUUACCAAUGUCUGAAGAAUAUAAUCCUUUGAAAUGGUGGAAUGAGAAUAAACUUGAAUUUCCAACUAUGGCAAAACUUGCAAGAAAAUACUUAGCAAUUCUAGCAUCCUGUAUUCCUAAUAGAGAACUAUUUCUAGAUGAAAAAAUAUAUGAUUUGGAUCUAGAUGAU